UGACAAUGGAAAUGUAUAUAAGGCUACUACUGCAGCUGCUUGUUAGCAUUGCAGAAAUAACUAAACUCUCCAACAAACUCAAUCAUCUACGUUUCGCGCCUCCCUUCGAGUUGGUGUCUCUUACGUGACUUACCUAUACUAUACACCCAACCGUCAUCACAAUACCUCAGGUCAUAUUUGAUUUCUGACCGCAAAAAUGCCUGGCUUGAAGAAAACGAUCGAGAUUGCAGCGCCCCCAGAGGUUGUUCGAGCCAAGUUCCUAGAUUGGCAACAAAUACCAAACUACCACCCUGAUGGCUUCUUCAAGACCAUCAAGCCGGCAGACCCAAGCAAGCCGCUCGAGGUCGGCGACAAGUUGAUCCUAGAGCUCCAACCCAUGAGCUUCACGCCAAAACUGAUCGAGAAUUCUCCAAACCGCUUCCGCUGGCUAGGAAGCCUUCCUGGCGUCUUCACCGGCGAGCACAACUUCAGCUACGAACCCAGCAAGACCACUCCAGGCGGAACCACAUUUUCCCAAUGGGAGGAGUUCUCCGGCAUUCUAUCUUUCUUAAUGGGCGAGGGAGCUCUCGCCAAGUGGUACGGCAUGAGGGAACAAUCCGCCACGGGAUGGGAAAAGUUCAAUCAAGAUCUGAAGAAGUUCUGCGAGGAAUCGAAGUAGACGGAGCGGUCGCGCUUCUAAUGACAACAAAUUCUGGGUUGGCGUCAGGGAGUUGUUGAGGUUGCUUUUUUUCCGGUGAUCACGGACAUUUUACUCAUAUGUUUACCCAAUAUGAUGAUCUGAAUUUAAUGUUUAUAUAUUCCUAAGAUCCAAUCCAACC